UAAAGAUGAUAUCGCUCUUCUAGAUGCCUAUCAUUCUGAAAAAAUUUUUGAUAAAUAUAUUAUUCGGGUGGCAGGAAAGGGUUUCACUAUAGUUGAUUACCUGUCUGAAAUUUAUGGGAUUCCCAAUACUCACGAGUGUAUUGAUGGGAAUUUGUCUCUUCACCUCGUUCUGGACAUCGACACGAGACAAUACCCCGAUCCCACAAAUCCUGAACUCCCUUCCUUAGAUAAAUAUAAAAUUUCUCGCAAAGAUUUAUUAUCCAGAAUCUUAAUUACCUGUGCUGAUAUUCUAUACUUUGAUUUAAAACAUUUUGUAACUUUAAAUACUUUUACCUUAGCCGGUUCGUCUAAUACUAACAAAUGCAGUUGGCAUAUUGUAUAUAAUUAUGCACGUUUUAUUGACUAUAGAGAUCUUAGGGGUUUUGUGGAAAAAGUUGCUGAUAGGGUUGGGAAGCCAUACUUGGAAUUUAUUGAUAUAGGACUUUAUAAGUCUCACUUCAGUCUUCGGCUCCUUGGAUCAGCUAAAGAAGAUAGA